ACUCCAGAGUCCCUCAGCUGUUUUUUGCGUUUCUCAUCAUUCUCCUGCACACCUACAAAAGCUCCUGCGGAUAGACUCCAGCCAUGGGCGAUGAAGACCAAUAUGAGAGCUUCCUGGAACUGUUCAAUGACAGUAACACGACCGACCCGAGCUAUGUGGGCUCCAAAACAGUUAAGAUCUGUUCGAAGGAAAUUGUCAACUACUUUGGGGAAAGAUUCAUCCCGGUUUUCUACUAUGUCAUCUUCAUCCUGAGUUACUUUGGCAACGGGCUUGUCCUCUUCAUCAUCUAUCAGUAUGAAAAACUUAACACAGUGACAAACGUCUUCCUCCUGAACUUGGUCCUUUCCAACAUUCUCUUUGCCACCAGUCUCCCCUUCUGGGCGACAUACCAUCAGUCAGAGUGGAUUUUUGGCUCGUUUCUGUGUAAGAUGGUCAGCAGCGCCUACUUUAUUGGCUUCUACAGCUCCAUUCUCUUCCUCACACUCAUGACAUUUGACCGAUACCUUGCAGUGGUGCAUGCAGUGGCAGCUGCCAAGAGCAGGAAAAAGGCAUAUGCCAUUGUUGGGUCAGUAGCGGUUUGGUGUAUAAGUGUUGUAGCCAGCAUAAAAGAGCUGGUUCUCCAGAAUGUGUCGAAAAAUCCGUUCAGUGGACUCAUGUGUGAGGAGUCAGGAUUUCCUGAAAGUACAAUGGAGCGCUGGCGUCUGGUCAGUUAUUACCAACAAUUCCUCCUGUUUUUCCUCCUCCCUCUGUUCAUGGUGAUGUACUGCUACAUCAGCAUCACUGUCCGUAUCCUGUCUAUCCGCAUGAAGGAGAAGUGCCGCGCCAUCAAGCUCAUAUUUGUCAUCAUUCUCACUUUCUUCGCUUGCUGGACACCCUACAACAUCAUCAUUCUCAUCCAAGCUAUACAGAUUUCCAGCACCAAAGAGGAUGAUGACCUGUGUAGUGAAUCUGAUAGUUUGGACUAUGCCUUGUAUGUCACCCGGAACAUCGCAUUUCUGUAUUGUUGUAUCAGUCCAGUGUUUUAUACUUUUGUGGGAAAGAAGUUCCAGAGACACUUCAGAAGGCUAGUGGCAAAGAAGAUCCCCUGUCUGAAGAGACAUAUCAGCCUCAGCAGCCAGAGCACCAAAACCACAUCACAGCGGACACCACACUCUGCUUAUGAUUACUAACCUGCCCCCCCACACACACAUACUCACA